AUGAAUAAAAGACCGAUCGAAAUACAUCGCAAGUACUUGGACAAAUGCAUUUAUUGCAUCAGAUUAUUUGGAAUUUGGACAUUUGAUUCAUCAGCAACGAUUGUUCAAAAAUUCAUGAGUGCAUUCGGGACAGUAUUCAAUCCGACGAUUCUGAUUUUUCACUUUCUAACAGUACUCGCAGAUAUCAUAGUGAACUACAACGACCUGAUAAUUGUGGCUGACGAUGGAUGUUUUCUUGCUGGUUCAUUCACGGUGUGCUUCAAAGCUUAUGAAUUUCGUGUACUGGAAAAAAUUUUUAUAGAAUUAUUAAAUCAAGUACACGUCCCAAUGGAAAUUCUCAAAAAAUCUUGUGAUUCAGGAGUACUGACAAUUAUCAAGCAAUACAUAUUUUUUGAAACUCUCGACUUUUUCAUACUGUCAUACACGGUAACUUGCCUGGGAAUUGGUUUGAUCAUCCUUCUACCCUUAACCAGAGGCGGAUUACCAGUGAGAGCAAUCUACCCGUUCGAUUCGACGAAGUCAAUGACGUACAAGCUGGCGUUCUUCAUCCAAGCUUACAACAUAACAUUCGGGCUGGUGACCAUAGUCGCGUUAGAAUUCCUCAGCUGGGGGCUGAUGAGGUGGACGAUUGUCCAAUUGAAAGUCUUAUCAUCCAAUUACAGGCAUUGCAACAGCGAUAUCACGCCUAUUGGAUCAUUGAAUGUAUCAAAAUCCACUUACGACAGGAUCAAAAACUUCAGCAUACUAAAAGUUGAUGACGAAGACAUGGAAAUACAUCAUUUCAUAGCCUUCGAAGAGAAAGAAAUUGACGGAAUUAACGAUUGCUUCAAUUGGCGGUUCAAAACUUGCAUAAAACACCAUAAGAGAUUGAUUCAGAUAAUUCAUCAAUUGAACAGUGUUUUCACUACUAGUCUCUUGGUCCAACUUGGAGUCAGCAGUUUUUUGAUGUGCUUAAAUGGUUAUCUUGCAUUUAUGUUCCCGGACGACAAUCAAAGAUUGAUAAGAUCUGUUAUGUAUCUAAUCGCUGGGUUUGUACAAUUAUUAUAUUGGUGUGGAUUUGGCAAUGAACUCAAGUAUCAGAUAAAUGAUCUAACAACAAGCCAAUGGAUGUCUAGUUGGGAAGAUAAAUACGACAGGGGUAUCAAAAAUUUGAUUACAACCGCGAUGAUCAGAGCUAUGCAGCCGAUGGAAGUUAAAGCUGGUGGUAUCUUUAUUCUUUCAAUGGAAACCUUUCUUUCGAUUCUUAAAACCUCCUACUCGGUAUUUGUGUUGCUGACUACUGUAUCUGAGGAC